CGGUUCCGUCGAACACUUGCAAGCUGAACGGAGGCGACGAUGAGCCCAACAAGAAUCGUAUCGACUUUUCAUCAACCCUCCGCCGUCGUUUCUUCCUGCAAGUGCCGACUUUCUUCUACUGCUGAGCAUCUCGUCGUAGCCAAGCUCAAUGCCAUCGAGGUCCAUUCCACUGAGAGCAGGGGAUUGAAGCAUGUGUGUACGCUUCAGAUCUGGGGCAAGGUUUUGUCAGUGAAGGCGGUACCGAUAACCGAUUCGGCUCGGUCAAAUAUUGUAGUCUUGCUUGAUCAGCCGGAACCAGAAUUGUUGUUCUUAUCGUUCUCCGAGAGGGAGCAAAAUCUGAAGCUGGAUAAGCAGUUGUCACUGUCCGAACGAAGUCCGAGUGUUAGACCAGCCGAGUUCUUCUCGGAUAUCCUUGUCGACCCAUCGGGUCAGUUAGCGGUUGUCAGUUGCUAUCAAGGGAAGCUCAAGGUCUUGACGCUUGAGAAUGGGUCCUAUGUAAAAGACGUCGAUGUCUCAAUACCCGAGAACAACGUUCUUAGUUUUACACUUCUUCCCUUGCCAGAUGAAGAAUUCGCGCUGGCAAUACUUCAUUUGGAUAAUCAUCGUCGACUUCAGCUCUUGGCACGGGACCUGACUGACUGGAGCAGUAUACCUGAUCUAUCUCAAGACCCAUCUGUCGUGUUGCACCAGACUAUCAUUUCAUCAGAGGCGUUUCCUUAUCCAGAGGACGACAUUCCACAGCUAAUUCCAGUCUCGACUCCUGAAGGCACUGAUAUAAAUGACGGCAUUCUCGUUGUUGGCGGAAGAAAGAUUAUCUUCUACGCGUUGAAUAACGUACAAGCUCAGAAGAAGGUUGAACAGAAGAGGCGAAAAUCAGCCGCUAUGAAGCAGAGUGGGAACGAAGACCAAAUACAGGAGGCCAUUGCCAAGGAUAAAGAAAGGAACGAUAGGAUCAGACAAGCGAAAGGGACGGUUUUGUGGCCGUUUGGCGCUGUCACUGCGGUCUCGUCAAUUGGAGACGAUGCACUCAAAUUCUUAAUCGGUGACUCUUUCGGACGUCUAUGUUUACUGUCCCUGGCAACAUUCGAUGAGCAUGGCCUUGUUCUCAUUCCCCUCGGAGAGACAUCAUCUCCAAGGACACUUACAUACAUCACCAACCAGAUUGUCUACUUGGGGUCUUUCAAAGGCGACUCCCAGCUUCUUAAAAUCCAUAAUUCACCAGUGUCUUCAUCCUCCAUAAAUAUCGCAUGCAACAUCCCGACGAUAUCUACGUCUACGCUUGUCACCUCAAGUAAAGGGAAACAAAAGGCCACCGGCGAUGAGCUACCUAAAGAGAAAGGGAAGGUGAUCAAGAGCGAAGGGUCUUACCUCGAAUUGCUUUCAUCCUUCAAAAACAUUGCGCCUAUCGUGGAUGCAGUCCUAGUGGACCUGUAUGACAGUGGUCAUUGCCAAGUUGUGACAUGUUCUGGCGGUCAAAAUACGGGUUCAGUCAAUAUCGUCAGAACAGGCCUGGAUUUCCAGGAACUCGCUUCAAUCGUUGGUCUCACGAAUGUGGUCAAGAUAUGGUCUGUCCGGGAUGAAUACAAAGAAACCUUGCACACUGGAAUAGUUGUUUCGACCUUGGAAGAGACUCAUUUCUUGAGGUUCGAUUCUUUUUCGACGCUUGUCCUGGAGAAUUCUGCCCUGAACGGUUUUGUCACCGAUACACCCACGCUUUGUGUCUAUAAUAUAACAGCAAGAGAAGUCGGCACUUCAUCUUAUAACAGUUCUUCGAUGAUUGUGCAAGUUGCACCGCGCGGCGUUUUUCUACUGGACAAAUUUCUACAAAUAGACCACUGGAAGCCGAUAGGUGGUGUCGAGAUCGUUGCUGCCAGUGUAAACGCCAGCCAGGUUCUCUUGGCGCUCGCAGGAGGCCAGUUACUUACGCUCAAGGUCGACAACAAAAAGCUGGUACAGGUCGUACAAAGCAAGCUAUAUUUUGCUCAGAAUGCGAUACCCCCGCAACCGAAGCAUGGCCCCGAUACCUAUCCACCCUGGUUACCAACGGAGAUAUCCUGUGUUUCUUGCAUUCCUAUGAAUGAGUCCAAGUACUUCUCCAUUCAGGUGGCCGCCGCGUUCUGGCACACCAACCAGAUCAAAAUAUACAACAUUGCAUCGUCAGGAUUCACUUUCCAGUAUGAAACCCCCCAGCUUCCUGCCACCGUCCGAUCCAUCCUCUUUUACAACUUUGGUACUACAGAGAAGAACGGGGAUGACUAUAGGCCAUACCUCCUAGCUGGCCUGGCUAAUGGGACUGUGGUGUCGUUCGUGUGGUCAGGGAACCAAUUUACCGAGAUGAAGCUUGUCGCGUUGGGAAGCGGCCCGGUGGAACUAUCUCCCAAUAGAAUCGGAGACGGGACGCGUGGGGUACUGGCGGUUGCGGACAAAACGAUGGUCAUUUCAUGCCCGAGGGGACGACUACAAUAUUCGCAUAUCAUCCUCCGGGAUGUGUCCGCGGCUACUUUGCUGAAUUCGGAUGAUUAUCCAUCGACGCUCAUUCUUGCCAAUGCCAACGGAUUGGCUAUAGGAAGAGUCAAAGACCUCGAUAAGCUACAUAUACAAUCAAUACCUCUCGGGCUUGACAACCCCAUAAAAAUUGCGCACGUUCCAGCGCUUAGGUGUUUUGGUGUCGUCUGUACUCGUACAGAACCUUUUCGAAUUGGUGAUGCAGAAUCGACGCGAAGUCUCUUCAAAUUGCUGGAUGAGACGACUUUUAAAGUUUUGUGUGAAUUCUCCGCCGAAGUUAAUGAGACAGUGGUCUCAAUGACUACACGAAGCGUGGACGUAAAUGACGAGUUGAGGACAUUUUUCUGUCUCGGGGCAUAUAUCUACGAACCUGGGGAAAGGGGGCCGACUCGGGGGAGGUUGAUCGUCCUCGCGGCAGAUAAAUCUGGUCCAGAAGCGACACUUUCUUUCGUUACAUCUGUUGAGAUAAGCGGUUGCCCGUAUUCGCUAGCGACGACCACAGGUGGUCUUAUAGCUGCCGCGGUCAACUCUUCUGUAUCACUUUAUCGCUUAGCGCAGAACGAAUCAGAGCCUUCUACUUUCUCCCUAUCGAAAUUGUCUGUCUGGAACCACAACUACAUUGUAGCCAACGUGGUAGCGCGGGGGGAGGAUUGCCUCGUAGCAUGCGACUGCAUACAGUCUGUCUCUUUGCUCCAGAUCACGCCGGGACCCAGGUCACGAUUGGACAUGAUUGCGAGGGACUAUGAACCACUGUGGCCAUUAGCCGUAGAGACGUGUGAAGGGAAGGGAAUCAUCGGGGCCAGUGAUGCGUUAAACCUAUUUUCGUUCUCAUUGGACAUGGUACAUGCUCGACCUGUUCUUAAACGCGACGGGUUCUACCAUGUUGGUGACCUUGUAUCUAAGUUCCUUCGAGGCUCAAUCGCUCCUAAAGAUGACAAUACAUUGGCUUUGGAACCAACACACGUAUUCUGUACCAGCUCCGGACGUAUUGGGGUUAUAGUCGACGUUGGUGACGAGGGGCUUGGGACAAAGCUGAAGAACCUUCAAGUGGAUAUGGGGCAGGUGAUUUCGGGCGUGGGGGGUGUUAGCCAUGCUCGUUAUCGGGCUCCAAAGAAUACAAGGCCGAGACCCGUGGAUGAAGCAUCGUACGGGUUUGUGGAUGGAGACUUUUUGGAGCUGCUACUGAUAUCAGAUCCGAAGACUGAUGAAAAGAUAUUUGAUCAAGGUUUAGAGCUGGAGGAGGAGGAGCUGCGAAAGGUGCUCGAGGCAUUGCAGAACAUGCAUUAGAUUUUUGGAGGAGACAUGUACAAUUAAAAGGUCAAUUGCAUUUUUGGGAAGCCCUGGAUCUAGCUACAGGUUGAUGAGUCAAGUGAUGAGUGCUCCUGGUCUGGAGGGAACAAUAGAAGAUAAAUAGAGUGUGUAAAUUAUCAGAUGCUUAAUUAUUUUGAGUACAU